GCGUGUGCGUCAUCCGGAAGUGAAUGUGCGGGGACUAUCUGUGGUGAGUUGGUUGCUAUGCGACGUGUCCUGGAAGUGAAUGUGUCUUGUUGUAGAGCGUUGAAUCAUGGCUGCUUCAACAGUCAAUAAUGAUAGCCGUCACAAAAGACAAAAAUGCAGCGAGAAGCUGCCUUUACAAGAUAGAGAGAUUAUUAAACCCUCCAUAACAGAGCUCACCAAAGAAGUGCGGACCAACAUCCUCUGUACGGUGGAAGGAUGCGGGAAGAUUCUGCCUAACACUCCAGCACUCAACAUGCAUCUGGUCAAGUCCCACAGAGUCAAGGAGGGUCUGGUCAACCCUACAGUAAGAAAGGACAUUAAGGAUUCACAAAAGCUCUACUGUUGCCCAAUAGAAGGCUGCCCAAGAGGACCACACAGGCCCUUUUCUCAGUUUUCGCUUGUUAAACAGCACUUUAUGAAGAUGCAUGCAGAAAAGAAGCACAAGUGUUUGAAGUGCAGUAAUGGCUACAGCACUGAGUGGGACCUGCGGAGACAUGCUGAGGAUUGUGGGAGGACAUACAGCUGUACUUGUGGUUGUCCUUAUGCCAGUAGAGCAGCACUUCUGUCUCAUGUCUACAGAACAGGCCAUGAGGUUCCCAAGGAGCACAGGUAUCCACCAGUGAAAAAGAGGAAGAUGGAAAGAAUGUCAAGCAGUGCAGCAAAUGGUAUGCCUAAUGAACAAAUAAACGAAAUUCCAGACUCUAAGAACAAGCUCACUGAAGGAGCAUUUUCAACCAUACUAGUCUCUGAAGCCCCAGACAGAGCACAACACAACACCAACCAACCUGGAAACUUCCAGAAGCUCCUUCUCCCGAAGCCCAAAUUGGCCCUAGUCAACGUUCCUGUUAUGCAGUUCACCCACCUGCCUGUUCUCCUCCCCUCUGCAGAGAGUAGUGCCUUGAGGUUGUUGGUCUUGUCUGUGGAUGCACAAGGGUCCGUAAACACUGUGCAUAUUUUGUCACCGUCGGUCGAAACAGCCAUGCCUGAUCUGAACAACAAGACUUUCAAAGAGACCUUUCCUGUACCUACAUCGGGCCCAGAAACUUUUAGCACAGGAGUACAGGUCAAUCUUGAAAGUCAAGUCUCUUUGGGAUAUCCAAACAACAAAAGCACUUCAACAAACAUUCAAACUGACAUCUCGUACCUCAACAAAGGGAUGGAUGCUGGACCAGUGACUGUUUCCCCCUGCUGUGAGGCCUCAGUAUCCUCUUGCUCUCAGACAGACAUCAGUGUAAGCGCUCAGAUUCAGCUGCCUAUUAGUGUGCAAACCCAGACACUACCCUCACGAAUCAAAGCCACUUUUUCCAUUGGGGCACAGACAGAUGUUUUCAGUUUCUCGUCCUUUAAUGUGACCCGAGAAACACAAACAAGCUGUUCUGUAGCUCCAAUGCAUGAAAGCCAGAUGGACCAAGCGAUGUGCACAAAUCUUUUUGAUACUGAUACACUCAGUGUCUCUACUCAGACUGCAAUGGCUGAUGCGACUUUUAGAACCAGUAGUUUAGAAGAUCAUCUAACCAGCACUGGAGCAGGGCUUUUUGAGGACAAGGCUGCUGCAUCCAUGUGUUUUGGGGCCCAGACUGACAUUUUGCACCAAAACACAGUUGCAGACAACCAGACUCAGACCAUGAUACUCUUUCGUGACCUUGAGAAUAUAUUAUCUGACACCAUAACUGGGGCAGCUUCGAGCUGUGGUUCAGGUUUAGCUGCGCAUGAACCGCAUCACACUGGUAUUGACUUUGACUUUGAGGAGUUCCUUAAUGCAACACACAUUCAGACUCAGACAGAAGAAAGUGGCUUGAACAGUCUGAACACAGAGACAACUUUGGAACUCCUGGACAUUGAGACACAGACUGACUUCCUGCUCUUUGACAACCUUGGUAAUGGGCACAACAGUGAGGUUGGAACAAGGGUGCAACCAAAUGACCUGGAGCUGGAGAUGUUUGACACCCAGACCCAGACAGACCUCAACUUCCUGCUAGAAACGAGUGGGCACAUGCCUCUUGGGAGUAUCCUCAGACAGUCUAGUUUCAGCAUGAGCACGGAGUCCUCGGACACAGAAACACAGACUGAGAUCAGGCCGGCUCCAUUUUCUCUGCCUUGCUCCCAUGAUGGGCAGGUGAGACUCAGCAGUGCUGAAACUCAGACCAUCUCCAGUUCCUUUCACAGCCUUGGCCACCUCUUCCACACUAGCAAUGAGACCCAGACAGCAGUCGAUGACUUUCUUUCAGCAGACUUGGCCUGGAACAUGGAGUCUCACUUUAGCUCGGUGGAAACCCAAACGUGCGAGGAGCUCAUCUCAUUGUUUCGACACAAUGAGAAAGCCAAAAGCUGAAGGAUCCAUCAAAUGUGAUUUGAUUGGUUUAGUUUACAUAAUGGAGUCAUUCCUAGUAUCUCCCUCAGCAAGGGUGGCAGAACUUAAAAACAGUCCCUUAAAAUCAUCUAGAACUCAGUCUGUCAGAUAAUAUUUGUAUGAAUACUGUAGAAUCGUAGACAUAAUUCAACAAUAAGGUAUUGCAUAUCUGCCCAGAUCUAAGGAUGUAUGAAUAUACCUUUGCAGCACUUUAUUACCUCAUUAUCAAUGUUCAAAAUAUAUCGGUAGUCCUAAAAGUAUUUUGUUUGUUGCUGUAGAUCAGGUCAGAGCCUCUCGUGGGAAUGUGUAGUAAGUUGGUACUGGUGUGUGUGUGUGUGU